UUUCAGAUGAGAGCUGUACAGGUCUGACAAGCACAGCAUGUCCUCUGCUAGACCAGUGCCCGUUUGGUUUAGCUACAGAUGAGAAUGGAUGUUCAGUUUGCCAAUGCAAGCAGAGCAUUGUAUGUAAUCCACUUCCAUCGUGUAGUUUAUCUUGCUCAAGAGGCUUAGCGACUGAUGUGAGCGGAUGUGACAUUUGCAUGUGUAAGAGUACCUUGUCACUUUGCCCAGCUGUUACACUUGAAGACUGCCCUCUACUGAUGGUAUGUGAACGUGGCCUUGCAACAGAUGCCUCAGACUGUGAAGUCUGCAGAUGUAAAGCUGACAUGCAUCCAUUUCUGCCUCCCAAGGACACAUUGUUUGAAUCCAGUUCAUCUGAGCACCAUGCUUCCUACCCAUCGGUCAAACUUGUUGCUGAAAUCACCAACUGUCCACCCGUAAGAUGUGAUAUUGAUUGCAGAGAGACUAACUUUGCUACCAAUGCUUUGGGGUGUCCCACUUGUGAAUGUGCACAAACUGGGUAA